UUCUACUUUCUCCGUCACUCAUUUCACUCGCCGCCACUCCCCACUCACAAUGCAAGCCCUUCACCGUCUCGCAUCCUCCACGCACCGCGUGGCCGCGUCGUCGCUCCGUCACGGCAGCCUCCUCUCCCGAACCACUUCCAGAAUCCUCUCAUUCUCCACCGAUUCGCCCGCCGGGGGAGGCUCCUUCGACGCAGCAUGGGAGAGCUCCUCCUCGUGGUCGACGGGCCUUGCCGGCGACCACUUCAACGGCCAGUCCCCCUCGGAGGUCCUCUCAAACCUCCAGGACACGGAGGACAGGCUCUUCCAGCUGGAGGCGGAGAACCGCAGAGGUAAAGCCUACUGUGACAGCUGGAGGAGUCGCUUGGAGGAGACGACGGUGCUGCUGAAGCAGGUUCAGGAGCCCGGCGCGCGAGGCUCGUAUCUCAAGGAUUCCGAGAAGGCAGAGAUUUAUCGACUGCACAAGAAGAACCCCGAGGUCUACACAGUGGAAAAACUCGCUAGGGAUUACAGAAUCAUGCGGCAGAGGGUUCACGCGAUCCUCUGGCUCAAGGAGAUCGAGGAGGAUGAGGAGAAGAAGCUCGGCCGUCCGCUCGACGAUUCCGUCGAGCAAUUGCUCGAUUCUUGCCCCGAGUUUUUUAAUUCGCAUGAUAGGGAGUUUCAUGUGGCGUCUCUGCCGUACAAGCCGGACUUCAAGGUCAUGCCGGAGGGGUGGGAUGGCAUUACCAAGGAUGUGGAUGAGGUGCAUUACGAGAUCUCCAAGAAGGAGGACGAGAUGCUUUACCGAGAGUUUGUCGAGAAGAUGAACUUCAACAAAAAGAAAAUGGCUGGAGAGGUAAAAUGCCACAAGUAUAGUCGACGACGCCCUUCCGAUGGAUGGACUUUUACAGUAGAGAAAUUGGGAUCCAGUGGAAAACGUGGGGGUGGUGGUGGCUGGAAAUUUGCAAGCAUGCCAGAUGGAUCAAGCCGACCACUGAAUGAGAUGGAGAAAAUGUAUGUGAAGCGAGAGACUCCACGCCGGCGACGCAGGAUCCUUCCUUGAUUACUUGAUUUGUUUUUUUUUUUUUGGGAAGUUUUGAUUAGCUGUUAAAAUUAGAAAUUUUAGCCAAUGUAUUCAAUGGUUGGGAUGUGUAGUGUCAAUUGUUGUCUCUUUUCUUUUUCUUUUGGGUGAAUUGUCGUAUAUUUUAAUAAGCUGACUGGUGUGAUGCUUUUAAUUCAUUCUCCUUAUGGCUUGUGCACGGCGAUAUGGAGAAUGAACAUCCUCUUUGUUGUCGAGAAAAAGGUAACCCCUAAUAUUUAAGAGCAUGAAACCUGGAAGAUUUACUUAAA